AGGCAGCACUCGUAGCAGGACUAAAGUAAGCUUUAAGAACUUGUGGACUGUCACGUCACCCACAACUCGAUGCUAGCUAGACAUCGUCUCGUCAAGUUCUACAUAAGACCACAUUUUCUCCGGGUCUCGCUCUGAUCCUCAUCCCUUGAAUACGUACGUAUUCAAGGGUUUUCGACCAGUAAAUUUCCAGAUCGCAAGCUCUGAAGAUCACCGUCAGGGAAGAGAAAAAUAGCAACAACCAUCACACCAAACCGAACGCGUGCAGCAAAGAGGAAGGCACCGCGAAGCUCACAAAGCAGUAAAUAGUGCACGAGCAGCAGCAGCAGCAGCAGGGCAUCACCACCUUUGGUAUGGCCUUCAGUGUACGCCGUAUGCACGCCCUCCCUCCUUCCGUCCACUUCCUAGUUGAAAAGUGUUCGUGCCUCGUCAGUUCAUUUUCCCGGUCCAUUCGUUCGUGACCUUGCAGACGAUCUGCACCUCGCGGCUCCAUAAGGAAUUGCCUCCCUUCCCGAGACAGAGCGAGAUUUGUUAGGAGGUCCGUGGACAUGUGGCAAGUGGUCGGACGGAUCAUUACAGGGUCAGAGUGAGGGUUACGGCCCGUGAGAGAGCGAGCGCGUGCGUGGUCGAUGGAAGACCGUCAGGAAUCAAUCAGGCGCCACGAAGAUCCUAAAAGGGAAUGAUACCGUAGCAGAGUGCUUAUUUAGUCCCCGGCACAAAGGGAUUAUGGUCGAGUAGUUGGACUUCGCCAUCCCCUGAAAAGCUCGGAAGAAGCAGAGGAGCCGUGCGGCAGAAUUAGUGACAGACGGAGGGAGGGAGGGAGGGAGGGAGACAUGGGGAGUCUGGGAUUGAGGGAGCUGGGAGCAACAGGGCUCAAGGUGAGCUGCCUGGGAUUCGGAGCAUCGCCUCUGGGCAAUGUGUUCGGCAAUAAAGUCACGGAGGCAGACGCCAUCGCGAGUGUGAACGAAGCCGUGCGCUUGGGUAUCAACUUUUUCGAUUGCUCACCGUACUAUGGCGACACCCUCGCCGAGACGAUGCUGGGCAAGUGCUUGAAAGCUCUGCCUGUUCCCCGAGAGCAGUACGUGCUGUCCACCAAGGUUGGACGUUAUGGAGCUGGAUUUGACUUCUCGGCCGAUCGUGUGACGGCCAGCGUCGACGAGAGCAUGAAGCGGUUGAAUGUCGACUACAUCGACAUCAUCCAGUGCCACGAUAUCGAGUUUGCGUCUCUGGACCAAAUCAUUGCGGAAACCAUCCCUGCCCUCCAGAAACUGAAGGAGGCCGGAAAAGUGAGAUUCAUCGGCAUCACAGGUCUUCCACUGAAAAUUUACCAAUAUGUUUUGGAUCGAGUGCCUCCGGGGACUGUGGAUGUGAUACUGUCCUACUGUCAUUACGGGCUGAAUGACAACUCGCUGCUGAAUUCUCUGCCUUAUUUGAAGAGCAAAGGUGUGGGUGUCAUCAGUGCCUCGCCACUGUCGAUGGGUUUGCUUACACCACAAGGUCCUCCUGAAUGGCAUCCAGCUCCCCAAGAGCUCAAGGACGCAUGCGCAGCUGCAGCUGCACACUGUCAAAGUAAAGGGAAAGAUAUAACGAAGCUGGCUCUGCAGUAUUCACUGAGCAACCCUGACAUUGCUACGGUUCUCGUAGGCAUGUGUUCUGUCGAACAGGUCCGGAGCAAUGUGCAAGCAGCCCUGGAAGUUAGCAAUGGUCUGGACUCCGAGCUCCUAGACGAGGUAGAGAGUAUUCUGCAGCCCGUGAAGAACAUAUCUUGGCCCAUGGGAAGAGAUGAGAACAACUGAGUCAUAGAACCCUUGAAGGAAGACAGCAGCUUUCACGUGUUGACAACAAAGGAGCUAUAUCUUCGACAGGACUUUUAGCUGCAGGCCAGCGAGGAUCGUCCUUCAUGAGGCAGGGUAUGUAAGGAAGGCUGUACAGGAGUACAAAACAAGUGUUUUGGGGCCAUGCCCUAGCGAUGGCUACACUCAGAGCUGGGCAAUCUCGAGAUGUCCGAGAAUUGUGCAACCCAUAAAAUUUACGCCCAUUUUAAAAUCAAAACUGUGCAAUGCAACACGCAGUUUGGCCGAUUCUGCAAAGAUGACAAUUAUAUCGAGUGUAAAUUAACUGCAGUCGGUAUAGUCAGGAACGAGUAUCGCUGCUCAUUCUCUUUGAAGCUGCUAAGGCCUCGUGUAACGUGAACGAGAGAAGUGUGUCAGCUGACUACCUUGUCGUUGAUAUAUCAGCUCGUAACAUGGACAAAAAUCAGAGUCUUGCAGAAUUCUUUGUACUGUAUCCACGAUCGAGAAUUGUCACAACAAGCUUCACUGAAAUUUACCUCC